UGUGGUUCCGGUAGGGUCGAUCACCGAGCGUAGUGUAUGCGUACCUUUACGUCGUUAUUUCGAAGUUCGUUCGUGUGUACGGCGCACGACGCGCGCAAAACUUUAUUUUUUUAAACACCGGGAAUAUCAAAAAGGUUUCGUUCUUAAGAAAAAACUUGCCAGUGUGUGUUUAGGUUUCGGAACAGGAUAUAUUAUGUGAAUUGACGCUAAUUAUGAAAACGAAAUUAACGUUAGACCGCCAAUAUUUGGCGGUAAUUAAAUAGACAAAAGGAGUUUUUGUUCAGUUGCAGCAUACGAAAUUAGUGCAAGAUAAUAUUUAAAAAAUGAAGAAUAAUAUGUAUUGUUUAUGGAAGAUUUUAUUUCUUUUAGUGCCCAUCGUUGAUGCUGUGCAACGCUUUGUUGAACUGCCCACGUACACCGAGGUGAAUCCCGGAGAAGAUGCAUUACUCAAAUGCCGGAUAUCCGACAAGAAAGGAGUUUGUUCGUGGCAAAAAGACAAUAAGCCCGUUGGUAUAUACCGCGGAAAAUACGAAUGGGCCAACGAAGACAGUCCCAUGGGUGGUGACUGUUCAUUAUGGGUACGAGCGGCUACAUUGCAGCUAGAUGAUGGCCAGUGGCAAUGCCAAGUCACCGCCAGCAAUUAUGAUGUUCAGGACGCCCUUUCUAGUCCACCUGCAGCUCUCGCCGUACGAGUUCCUCCCCAAACACCAAGAAUACUUUACAAUGGAUCCCACGUGUUGCCCGGUCAGAAUAUUACUGUGCCAUCUGGUGGCCGUGCAACUGUCGUCUGUGAAGCUAGAUAUGGAAAUCCACCAGCUUAUAUUGAAUGGUAUUUAGAGAAAGAAAGAUUGACAGCAUGGAGUCAAACCAACUCAUCAGAAGUGGAACGUCCCCGUGUGUGGGCGGCACGGUCGGUGCUCGAGCUGGGAGCGACGAGAUCUGCACACGGCAGGCAACUGUCUUGUAGAGCUCAUCAUCCAUCCUACCCAUCGCCUUAUUAUAGAGAUUCAUACACAAUGUUAGACGUGACAUUUGUUCCAGAGGUAUCCAUUGUUGGAGCAGAUGCAAGUUCUCUUGCGAGUCUGGAAGAAGGUUCCAGUGCAUUGACCCUUGAAUGCAGAGCUGAUGGGAAUCCUAGUCCUUACGUAUGGUGGACUAGAGAUGGACAAGUUAUCGCCACUAAUGGGGCCAAGCUUAUAAGAGCUCCAAUAACUAGGAAUGAUUCAGGUAUAUAUGGAUGUCAAGCAAGAAAUUCACUGGGAACAUCUGAUUCUGUUAAAAUAGAAGUUGACGUGAAAUUUCCUCCAAGGGUGACGUGGGUUGGACCAGACACAGUCGUGGAAGCAAAUCUAUUUUCGGAAGUUACAUUGGAGUGUAAAGCGGAAGGAAACCCGUCACCGUCUUACCAAUGGUACCAUAAUCCUAACUUAUCAUCAAUGAGCGGCCAUCUCGAUGAUGGGUACCCAAUAUCGUCGACCCCCCAACUAUUGCUUCACAACGUGUCGUACACUCAGCAUGGUCGUUACACGUGUAUCGCUACCAACCACAUCGGACUUGAAGAAAGGAGCCACCAGUCGGAAGCCGUCACCCUCAACGUUUUGGGCCCACCUGUGGGUGCAGACACUAGUGCGGCGCACGCUUGGAGCGGUGCGGAGGGUCGUGUACAAGCGUCCGUCUGCGCUGACCCGCCUCCUCGCCGCGCUGCAUGGCUCUGGGGCAGCUUGAGGCUCGAUGUUCCCUCACAUAUUGGUCGUUACAAAACUCUGGAGCCCACGAACAUCAAUGGCUGCUAUCGCUACACGCUGCUGAUCACUAGUACGAGUAUGUCGGACGCACGUGUUUAUGUGCUACACGUUGAAAAUGAACGUGGAUUCUCCUCUCAUUCGGUUGCUCUUACCGUGCACGAGAAUUUUUCGCUAACAGAGACAGCACACGUGGCGCCGUUAAUCGCUGCUGCGCUGCUCGUAGCCGCGCUGCUCGUUCUCAUACUGUGUCUCGUCGUGCGCUGCAGGAGAAGGAGAGAAAGCGUCGAAUACAAGACUGAUGAUUUAGAUAGUGAAAAGACAGUGCUCCCCGCUGACGCAGUGUACUCGCCGCGCGACCAGCCAAGGACCGCUGCAGUUUCGCGGGUAGGAGCUGGGGGUCCGGAGCGAGGCGUCGGGGGAAUGGGGGGAACGGGGGCGCGGUACUCCCCUGGCGCGCUGCAAGUGCGUCGUGCAGCCGUCGUGCUGCAACCCCCCACCACCGUGUGAGCUGCACAGGCAGCAAUUUCGUCGUUGGAAAAAGAAGCCAAAGAAAACGUUUAUGCGGUACACGAUCCGCAUAUUCAGUACGAGUUAACUAUAAAUAAUCACGGAGAACCGCCUAAAUACUUAUCGCUGUCUAAGCCUCUAACACA